AGAUACAGAAGCAAUGAACUUGUGCCUUCCAAAACCAAAAUCACCAACUUUUAUUCCAAAGCAAGAACUUGUUGACGAGAAAGAAGACGAUGGUCCAGAAAUAAGUAAAUGGACCCCUUUGCUGAUGCUAGGAGGAGCAGUUGCUUGUCUUGGAUCAGCAGUUCCAGCAGGAUUUAAUAUAGGAGUCGUUAAUAAUCCCGCGCCUAUUAUAAAAGAAUUUUGCAAUGAAAGUAUUGAAAAACGAUUUGACAUAAAUCUGAACGAUGGAUGGCUAAGAUUUACGUGGUCAGUAGUAGUGUCAAUAUUUUUAAUAGGUGGUGUCAUUGGGUCACUUAUUGCGAGUGUAAUUGCUGAUAAGUACGGAAGACGAUAUGCUCUCGCAGUGGGAAAUAUUUUUGGUAUUCUUGGUGCUGGGUGUUUUUUGCUCACACCUACACUCAAUUCCGUUGAAGUUAUUGUACUUGGAAGACUUCUUGUUGGAUUUUCUGGAGGCAUGGCCACGACAUUAGUACCAAUCUAUAUGAUCGAAAUAGCAUCAUUGUCUCAGCGAGGAGCCGUUGGUGUAUUAUGUCAAUUAGGAAUAACCGUAGGAGUAUUUUUAGGACAAGUUGUUGGCUUAGACAGCGUCCUCGGUACCAAAGAAUCUUGGCAUAUAAUGCUUGCUUCUUUUGCACCACUUUGUAUCAUAUCUUUGUUGUCUCUGUAUAUUUUACCGGAGAGUCCAAAGUACUUAUAUAUCAUAAAACAAGAAAAAGAAAAAGCAACUCGUGAACUCGCGCGAUUUCGCAGUGUCGACGCUAGUCUCCUGUACAAGGAGAUACAGACGCUUGAAAAAGAAGCUGCAUUGCGUACAACUUUAGAUGCCUGGUCUUUUAGCCGUAUUAUCAGAGAUCCGUCUGUUAGACUGCCAUUACUUUUAGUAGCAUCAGUACAACUUGGACAACAAUUGAGCGGUAUCAAUGCUAUUUUUUAUUACUCGCAAGACAUAUUCAAGGCUGCUAAAGUGAGUGAUACUGCCAGCCAGUUAGCAGUCCUUGGGACAGGGAUUAUUAAUAUUUUUAUGGCUGUGAUAUCUGUUCGUCUCAUGUCUUCUUUUGGCAGAAGAACAUUAUUUUUAAUAAGUUCUUAUGCUAGCGCAGUAUGCCUUAUUGUUUUGUUUAUUGGAUUAGCUAUUAUUGAUAAAGCUGCUUUUAUACCCUGGGUAUGUAUAAUAUCCGUCCAAAUUUACGUACUUACAUACGGAAUCGGAAUGGGACCGAUUCCUUACUUUAUUGGCUCGGAAUUAUUCGACGUAUCACCUCGUCCAACUGCAAUGGCUGUCGGCAGUAUUUGUAAUUGGGGUGGUAAUUUUAUUGUUGGAUUAUUAUUUCCAACUAUCGCAACAGCCUUAGGAUCACCAACUUAUUUAAUAUUUGUCUUUUGUAUAAUUGCCGUCGCUCUUUUUGUCAAAUUUUAUUUACCCGAAACUCGCGGAGUAAGUACACUAGAUAUCAAGGCACAGUUGAGUAGAGGACUCCGUCGACAGUCAACAUUAAAUUCUUAG